AUGAAUGACCUGAUGGAGUGUCCAGCAGAAGCCACCGUGUGUCACGGUGCAUCCUGUGUUCUUCCCCCCAGCAAUUUCAACGCCAUCCUCAGCGUGACUCUGAGCACAGUGCUCACCAUCCUCUUGGCUAUGGUGAUGUUCUCUAUGGGGUGCAACGUGGAAAUCAAGAAAUUCCUCGGGCACAUCAAGCGGCCCUGGGGUAUCUUUGUGGGCUUCCUCUGUCAAUUUGGAAUCAUGCCACUCAUGGGGUUCAUCCUGUCCGUGGCUUUUGACAUCCUCCCAGUCCAAGCUGUGGUGGUGCUCAUCAUGGGGUGCUGUCCCGGAGGAACGUCCUCCAACAUUUUGGCCUAUUGGGUGGAUGGCGACAUGGACUUGAGUGUCAGCAUGACCACCUGCUCUACCCUGCUGGCCUUGGGAAUGAUGCCUCUGUGCCUCUUGAUCUACACCAAGAUGUGGGCUGAUGCAGGGACCAUCGUCAUUCCCUAUGAUAACAUAGGUACAUCGCUGGUUGCUCUUGUUGUUCCUGUUUCCAUUGGGAUCUUUGUGAAUCACAAAUGGCCCCAGAAAGCCAAGAUCAUACUUAAGAUCGGGUCCAUCGCGGGAGCAGUCCUGAUCGUCCUCAUCGCUGUGAUCGGCGGGGUGCUCUACCAGAGCGCCUGGGUCAUCCAGCCCAAGCUCUGGAUCAUUGGCACACUCUUCCCAGUGGCCGGAUAUUCCCUGGGGUUCUUUCUGGCUAGAAUAGCCGGUCAGCCCUGGCACAGGUGUCGGACGGUGGCUCUGGAGACAGGGAUGCAGAAUACACAGCUGUGCUCAACCAUCGUUCAAUUGUCAUUCACACCUGAGGAGCUCAACCACGUGUUCACCUUUCCACUUAUCUACAGCAUCUUCCAACUGGCCUUUGCAGGGAUAUUCUUGGGAAUAUAUGUGGCAUACAAGAAAUGUGCUGUCAAAAACAAAGCAGAACUCUCUGAGAAUCAAGACAAUGAAGCUUUGCCGGAGCCUUCACUCUAA